CACAAGCGUAUGCCCAUUUCUUCAUUAAAGUCCGGCUCUGACAAGUGGUUGAUGCAGAGGCUGGAGAUUCUUCUCCAGGGACGCAGAUUCCCCCGCAACGUCGAGAAUGGUAAAAGGACAUUUCCAGGACGAGAUGCCUGGGAAUCUUGUUCAAAUCAUCAUCAGCAGCAGCAGCAGCAGCAUCGACAACAACGGCAUUUAUUGAGGGCUCACUGUGUGAACACUGUACACACUGAAUACUGAACACAGAAAGAACACUCUACUGAGCUCUGGGGAAAACAAACGGAGUGGUCCAGUCACCCUGACCCCGAUGCCUCUUGCCACCUGAGUCCCUCCGGCUGUCCACUGUACUGUGCCUUUAAGGUCUAGGGGGCGUAUUGUCACCGUGAGCUUUGGAGGCGCUUGGAGACAGGCUGCCGAAGUGAAGCGUCCGGGAUCCGGCUCUUUGAAAGACUUCAGAAACUUUCCAGCGAGGCCUGCAUGCCCGGGGGAGCUCCUCUCGGCUAUGAAGGCAGCCGCGAAACGGCGAUCGUAGCACGUGCGGUGGGCACGGAGUGGGAACGGCGCCCGUGCGAGGAAAACCAAGCGGGCGAAAGGAGCGGGUCCAGCAGCGCUCGCCAUGGGCGGCUUUCAAUCGGAGGACUUUAUAGCUGGAUGGAUCGGGGGGGCUGCAAGUGUGAUUGUUGGUCAUCCUUUGGACACAGUCAAGACUCGCUUGCAAGCUGGACUGGGAUAUGGAAACACCUUGAACUGCAUUCUCACAGUGUACAAAAAUGAAAGUGUUGCCGGAUUCUUUAAAGGGAUGUCAUUCCCCUUGGCCAGCAUUGCUGUCUAUAAUUCGGUAGUAUUUGGUGUCUUCAGCAACACCCAAAGAUUCAUCAGUCAGCACCGCUAUGGAGAGCCCAACCAAUCCCGUUCUCUCUCAGACCUGGCUCUGGCCAGUGUGGUGUCGGGGCUGGUCUCAGUGGGGCUUGGCAGCCCUGUUGACCUCAUCAAGAUAAGGCUCCAGAUGCAAACCCAGCCCUUCCUGAAAGAUAAUGCACAUCUGUUGCUUCCAGCAGAGUUAAACGUGAAGCCCAGAGUGAGUGAGGUUCCGGUCCAGCCCAGAAUCUAUAAAGGAUCAAUUCACUGCAUCACAACCAUCAUCCGCAAGGAGGGGUUGGCGGGGCUGUACCGGGGGGCUGGCGCCAUGCUCCUGAGAGACGUGCCGGGCUAUUGCCUCUACUUCAUCCCAUAUGUGUUCCUCUGCGAAUGGCUCACCCCAGAUGGCUGUGCCACCCCCAGUCCCUUCUCCGUGUGGAUGGCAGGAGGUAUCGCAGGAGCAAUUUCGUGGGGAACCGCUACCCCCAUGGAUGUGAUGAAAAGUCGACUCCAAGCAGAUGGGGUUCAUAAAACCAGAUACAAAGGUGUUGUGGACUGCAUCUCCCAGAGUUAUCAGAAGGAGGGCUUGAAAGUGUUUUUUAGGGGCAUCACUGUGAAUGCCAUGCGAGGGUUUCCCAUGAGCGCUGCCAUGUUUCUGGGAUAUGAACUGUCACUCCAGGCCAUGAGAGAGGACCAUGCAGCAACUAAUCCAUGACCUGCAGGGGCAAUGCCUCCCAGAAGUGUCCCUGUCGCCUCCAGGAUCCACAUCCAGAUCUCCAGGGUGUCACUAAUGUGAACUCACUGGCACCAUCUGGGCGACCGUGGUCGCAGGGGGUCAGGGAAGCAUUUCUGAAGUAAGAUUACUCCUCCUCCACCAAGAGCUUGUCCAUUGGUGGGUCCCUUGUAUGUCUUCACUGUGGCAGCAAUACCUACCCCGGAGAUCACCCGCUUGACUCUACUUGAAAAUCAUUCACUUGGUAUGAAUGAGCACUUUAUCUUGCCUGGCCUGGAGUCAGAGUCCAGCCUCUUUGGUACUGCACCUCACUUAACCCUGAGCCUCUGGAGGGUCAUAGUUCCUCUAAAGGCAGAAUUGCUAAUGUCCCGCCCUGGCAAGGGCCGGUGGAAUUCCAGGACUGACCUGAGGCAGGAGGUAGUGCCUGGCUCAUGAGUGAGGGCAGGCCUCCAGAAGGAAGAUGGUGACUUUUGAAACUAGGGAAUUUUACUGUUCUUAACAGUUUUGUGGGAAAGCUGAGGUGAUUCCUGAGGCUGAAAUUAAAAGGUGAAACUUGGAAACUUG